AACGCCAGGGGAGAUAAGGGAAGAGGGACAUAACGGGGAAUCCACCACGCCGGGAGGGACUCAACGAGGCUUUAAUAAAAGGCCAAGUGAAUCUCUGCAAGACGCUGUUGGAAAAGAGGAGGAACCAGUAGAAGGAAAGGACACCUACAAGAGUAGCCCCUGGCGUCCGCUCUUCUCCCUGGCUUCUAGCGCACCCCGGUCCUAAGCCAGGUGAGCGGCCGCCACCUCGUCAGCAUCUCCACGACUGGUUCCUCCAUGAACUUGCCCAGAGUCAAGCGCCUCCCGGGCUCGGACGGGGAAGACGGCGAGGUCGACAUCCUGGGGGAGGAGGAUGAGGGCGAGGAGGAGGCCAAGGAGAGCCAGCCGUUCCCUCCGCAACUGGCCUCGCCCCGGCGGCAGGGCGCGCGUCCCCGGGAGCGCACCAAGGGCGCCUGCGGUCCGGGCGCCGCCUCGGAGUCUGACAGCAAGUCGAAGGCCCCGGCGGGGAGCGCGGCUGCCUCCGGGGACGCCCUGCCGCGGGCAAAGCCACCCUACUCGUACAUCGCGCUCAUCACCAUGGCCAUCCUGCAGAGCCCGCGCCAGCGCCUCACGCUCAGCGGCAUCUGCGCCUUCAUCCGCGGCCGCUUCCCCUACUACCGCCGCAGGUUCCCCGCCUGGCAGAACAGCAUCCGCCACAACUUGUCGCUCAACGACUGCUUCGUCAAGAUCCCCCGGGAGCCGGGCCACCCGGGCAAGGGCAGCUACUGGAGCUUGGACCCCGCCUCGCAGGACAUGUUCGACAACGGCAGCUUCCUCCGGCGCAGGAAGCGCUUCAAGCGCGCCCAGCAGCCCCCGGGGGCGCACCCGCCCUGCGCACCGCUCGCAGCACUGCCCUGCCCGCCCCCGGGGCUCCCGCUCGCGCCCCCAGCCCCGACGCCGCCGGGCCCCGGGCCCUACUCUGCCGCUGCCGGGCGCCGCCCGUGUGCUCUGCUGCACCCGCUCCCCAUCCGCUACCUGCUGCUCCCGCCCCCCGCCUGCGCCCAGGCGCCCGGGAACGCGGAGGGGGCUGCCCUGGGAACCCCUGCUCCUGGACCAGGGUGGAGGGGAAGGCGUCGGCGGCGCGGCCAGGGGGCGGGUGCACAUCCUUCAGCAUCGAGAGCAUCAUGCAAGGGGUCAGGGCAGGGGGCGCCGGCGCCGUGCAGAGUCUGCCCCCCGCCCCGUGGGGCUACUGCCACCUGCUGCAGCGCCCGUCGUGCCUGGCGCAUCCCCAGGCCGCUGCGCCCUGGCUGCACGUAUCCGCCGCCGCCGCCGCCGCCCGGACGAUUCUGCAGCAGGGCCGGGCCGACGGCUGCGCUUCCGCCAAGGGCGCGCUGCUGGGCCGCCACCUGUCCGCCGCCGCGGCGCUGCUGGGGUGUCAGCCUGGGGCAGAGAGUUCCAGGCUGAUGCCCCUGGGGGCUCCUGCGGACGGAGAGGGGACCUCGCCAGCCUUUUGAAUAGCACCUCACCCUGUCCCGGGGUGCACCAGGAGCCAGGUGGGAGGGCAGCGAGACUGGGGUCCCCUCCAUUCGCUGCUCUCCACUUCAAGCCCCACCUGCGCUGCCCGAACCAGGAGAGUGCGUGGUGGUUUCUGUUCGCGGCAAAAUGUUUACAAACGAAAAAUUGGAUUUCGUCCCCUGGAGGACAACCUGAUCGUAGUGUCGCCUUUUCCUGCCUCCAGCUGUGACUUCCGCGGCUUCUGCUGUUUGCAUAUUUCCCAAGAACUAUGAACGUGAGUGGGGUAUUCUGUUCUGGUUCAAAGAAAAGCAAAGAAAAUGCGAUGUCCAGUGUGUAACACAUUUCCCCUCCUUCGCUCCCUUGGAAUUGCAAGUAUUUUUCCCAAAUCCAGUGCGAAACGCUUAUGCCCUCAGGGUCUUCCUGAAAUGAUAUAUACUAUAAUUAGAAUAAUGAAUUUCAGAACAUUCAUUUCUUAUCUGUGUAUCUAAUGUGACGUCUUCCGUGGAGAGGGAUUCAAAUUAAACCUAGGAAUCCAGUCUAAAUAAACGUGAUAAAUCACUACAUCGUUUAUUUUCUAUUCUCAUCAUUCACUUUCUAAAUUGAGCUGACUUUUACAUUAUACUCUUUCAGUGAUUUAAACAAUAUACGUUUGCCAUUCAGGUUCAUUAUGGAAAUCAGAAACAAAUCAUGUUCGAUAAGGCUAACAAAAUGCCAAAUACUUGAAAUUGACCCAGUCUUGGCUUUUAAAAUAUGAGAUUUAGUAUUUAUGAAACCUCAAAAAGAAAAAGAAUUGGGUGAAAUAUAACUAUACCUUCCAUUUAUUUUCCUCCUUUCCAAAAGUGCUGAUUUUUCUCAUUAGUAAGGUGGAAGAUGAUUUGAUAUCAAUUUGGCCAAUAUUUAUUUGAGGGAAAUAAAAGUAAUAUUUUUCAGAAAGCAUUAGACUUUUCAAAACCAGACCCAGAGAAAAGAGAAGCAAAGGGAAAUAGCGUCAAAGGGACUGUUUCCAACGGACAUUCCCAAUUUUAAAAAAUCUCUCUCCAGGCAGGUACCUUCUAGUGCCCCCGCAUGCCUUCUUUAGAACAGAAAGGAC